GAACGGUAGCUCCGCGACGACCCAAAUCGUGGUUCCUUUCACUUAGGCAACUGCAGGAGGUGAACGUGUGGUGUCCUUUGUCGUGCGUGUGUGCCAGGUUGCUCUAGGAGGCCACAAUUUCCAUUCGUCGCUAUCCUCAACCCAGCAGCGGCCGCUUGACGUUGGCAACCAUAUUGGAAGCUGGCGUUGCUGUUGCUGCUGGUGGUGCUCCUGGAAAACGGCCUCUCCCUCGUGGCUCGGACAACACAACCAACGAAUUGUGUCCUCGAUCCGGAAUUUGCAAUCGUGGCUUCAGCGGAUUGUGAGAUUGCAGAUUUUUCCAUCGUCCGUGCGUGCGUGCGCGCGCGCGCCCCCUUUUGUGUGCGUGUGUUUUUGUGUGUGUGUGCUUGGGGUGGCGAAUUUUCACCGAGAUUGAAAACAACAACAGCCGCCUCCUUCUUUGUGCGUGCGAUGAAGGUUGCUGGCGUUAAUUGAGAAUGAUGCUGGGAACGAAGAACGAAUCCAUGACCCCGUACACCGCCGUUACGCACAUGAUUCCACCUUCCGCUUCAUCAAUUAGUCCCGCCGAGUGACGACAGCAGCGUCUGCCUCCGGACCCACCCCUGCUCAGCAUAAUCUCCAUUCAAUCGUUGUUAUUGUCGUCCGAUGGGCGAGGUGUGCAGAAUGCGUGAAAGCAACCACCUGGCCUGCUGCCGUUUUAUGUAACAACUCGCAAGCGCCACAGGAUUCUCUCUCGGUUCGCUUCGUUGUUCUGGCACCAAUCGUAGGAAACAUUGAACCAGCGAGCUGUGAUCCAUCGAUUGGGUGGAACACGGCCCCUAACGAGAAGAGAGCUGCUGGCUUUUCUUUUAACAAAUUUUCCAUUUUCUACCAUCAUCCCUUAGCCGCUUGUUUACACGAGCAUUGGCCAACAGGGCAGAGUGGAAGCAGAGGAAGUGCCCGUGAAGGUAGCGUGCGUGCUAAAAAUAUAACAAAUUAAUACAUCUGCUUGCGGUUUUCGGUGCCUGAAGGUCCCACACAAUCGCGUGUGUGUCUGUGCUGUGAAUGAAAACUAGUGAUCACUGGCGAAGUUGGUGUGGUGUAGUUGGCAUAGGGACCGUUGCGAGGUCGCGUGCCCGUGAGGAAAAGUGCUCGUAGGCGCCAGAGAAGGGUUUUUCAAAUUAGCGAUGGUCAGCGGCGAAGGCGAACCACUCAUCGGCAGCAUCUGAAGGAUCUCCGGCCGUGAUCGCCGGAUCGGGGCAGAUCGGCUCCGACAGCACACAACCAGCAAACAAGCGAGCAAACAAUUCACACGCCCAGUGCCAGCACAUCGAAACAUGUCGAUCUCCAACGGGAAAACCUCAUCCGACAUCGAGAAUGUGGACUGGAACUCCUCCGGGAUGCUAACACACACCAGGUAUGGCUCCACCAGCAGUCAGGUGUCGCAGAGCAGUGGCGACAUAUGCCGUAUCUGUCACUGCGAAUCCGACACGCUCAACCCGCUGCUGACGCCCUGCUACUGCUCCGGAAGUCUAAAGUUCGUGCACCAGACCUGCCUGCAGCAAUGGCUGACGGCGUCGGAAACCAACGCUUGCGAGCUGUGCAAGUUCCCGUUUAUCAUGCACACCAAAAUCAAACCGUUCAAUGAGUGGCGCAGUCUGGACAUGUCCGGUGUCGAAAGGCGUCGGUUGUGCUGUGCGGUGUUGUUCCAUUGUGCCGCCGGUUUAUGCGUAAUCUGGUCGCUUUGCGUGUUGAUUGAGCGAGCAGCAGAGGAGGUGCGACGCAGUCAGAUCGGAUGGCCUUUCUGGACGAAACUAAUCGUGGUGACCGUUGGGCUAACCGGCGGUGUCGUCUUCAUGUAUAUCCAGUGCAAGCAGUACUUGAGUCUGUGUAAUCGAUGGCGCGCUAGAAACAGAAUAUUGCUCAUCCAGAAUGCACCGGAGAAGAUCCAUCCACCGCAGUCCCCACCGAUGCCACAGUUCCGACGGGUACGAACAGCAGCUACCUCCGGGGGUCAAUCGGCCUCCAUGGCUGGUAGCCAGUAUCAACCGCAACCUUCGUCGAUCGUCGGUGGUUCGAUCGGUGGUACCGGUGCGGCUGGUAUGAGCGGUGGGACCGGCGGCAGUAGCGGUCAGCUUAUUAUACGAACGUUCGAUCAAGCCCCGCUCGGUACGGUAUCGAUCGGAUCGGGCCGGGAUCAGUGUGAGCUACAGAUUAACCAUCAGGGACAAAUUAUUGCGGCCAACAUCGAGAGUACCUCAUCGAUCGGGUACGAUCGCGACUGGACGCUGGACGACAUCAGCCAGGUAUCGUUCAAACCGUGCCCCCAGGGCAGCGGAAGCCUCACGCCGAUGCCGUUCCACGAUUCCGUGCACAACAUUUGCGAAGCUGCGACCGCGAACACAAUGACGACGACCGGAAGUGGUGGCAUUGGAACGAUCGUUGGUGGCAGCAGCAGCACCACCACCACUGGUGGCAGUAGUCAACAUCGUUACUCAACCGUCUCAAACACUUCGACAGCAGCUGGUGCACCAGCGGAUUCAACGCAACCACCGGUACCGGUGGCUACGAAUGCCGGUGAACAGCAUACGAACGGUGGUAGCACAACAAAAGCAAAUGAACUGAGUCUAUUCAAGCUGAACGGUGGCGCCGAUCGAAGCAGAAGUAGCUCACCAGGUGUCACCGCGGCAGUGGCGACGAGUACUGUUGGCCCUAGUCGCUACGUCAACUCGGCCAUAUUUCUCGAGAAUCGUGAUAUUCUGAAUGAUCCCUCCUCGGUGACGGUGGAGCACACGCAUGCACCGUACCCGAACAAGCUCUAUCAUCGUCAUUCGACGGUGCUAGCCGGUGGUCCAUCGUUAGCAUCUUUCUCUCGUUCACCGGAAGCAGCGGGAGCAGCAGCAGCAAAUGCUGCUGUUGUUGCUACUGCAACAACAGACGAAGCGAUACAGCGCGAGCCAAACAAACCAUUCCGGCGCUACUCGGACACGAAACUGCUGCAGAAACAAUCGCUCAGUUUCCCCCAGGAACCGUUGGCCCUGUGCGAGAUCGGUACGCACACCAAAGAUCAGCUGCUGCUGAAUCCGAAAAGCAUUAUCUACGAUAUGAGUGGACUGCUCGGUGCGCCGGUCGUACUUGAUGGGUCAGCAGCGCCGGACACGGUUACCGAUUCGUCGGACGGUGUUGGAUCGGGUACCGGUAGCCAUCGGCAUCAUCAUGGUCACCAUCCGCAGCACCAUCACCAUCAUCAUCAUCUGCACCACCACCAUCGGCAUCAUCAUCCAACGUACAGUACACCCACCACGACAGACAUUCAGUUCGACAGUGCGGCUGGUCAGGAUGGUCAGUGUGUUGCGCCACCGAUGUCCGAUGAUGAUGCGCUCGAGAUGAACAUUCAGGAUAUCCUAGAAUACGAUCAGCAGCAUCAGCAGCAGCUCCACUAUUGCCUCCCCGAGCAGCGUAACCGACGGACUGAGCAACGGCUUUCGCUCGAGAACAUAUUGCAGAGUGCGUCCUAUCAUGAUGAUCCAAGUGCGGUACCGUUCUGCCGGCCGUACUACGAUCACCAGCAACAGCAACAGCCGCAGCAGCAACAGCAGCAGCAGCAGCAGCAGUCUCACCGCCAGAACGCGAACCCGAUGAUGAUCUCCUCGCUGAGCCUCUCGGGCAAGGUACCGAGCCACAGGACGAUGCAGCUCGCCUUGACACCACCGUUCACCUCGGGCUAUCAGCAACCGCCUCCUCUGCCACGCUCCUCAAUGGCAGGCACUGUGCCCAGCAGUAGUGAGCAACCGGCGUCGUUGCAGCAACCUCCUUAUCUACAGCAUCCACGUUCGCACGGGGCCGAUGCGAUCGCCGGCGUGAAUCGACGUCUCGAUGAGGAGGGCAGUAACAAGCUCAAACUGUUCAAAUCGCUCCCCAACCUGAGCGCCAGCAGUGAGAAUCUGCUUCCGUAGGAUGUGCCGCAGCGCCAGGGUCGUAGCGUCCAUAUGCGUGUCUCUGUAUGUGUUAAUUAAGGAUCAUAUUUGUGAUUGUUCGCUAGAGUAAAACCAAUAGGGUGGAUAGGAGCGAGGGAGGCUAAGGAGGAGUAGGAGAAAGAGUACACAGGCUGGCGCAUGGCCAGUUGAGCCACUCAGAGCUAAUCAUAACGUUAAGUAGAAGGAUGCGAAGAAAGGAUGUUAAGGGAAAAAGUGACGAGGGCGGAGGAAGCAAGCACCAGAAAGCCACAGAGCAAGAGCAAAAGGUACCGAGAUAAGAUUGUAGAACCCAUCCGUUUUCCUCGUUCGUGUUCUUCUUAACUCUCCUGUACUCUACAACCGUCACGGGUCACGUCCCGAUCGUCGUGCUCUUCAUGCGACGCUUUCAAACCGUUUUACCUUAACCUUUCACUUUGUCCCGGAUUUCACUUCUUCCGGACUCUCCGUGUUCGGUGCGUAGCAGCAUAGAUAAUGAAAUUGAGAGAACCCGAUGGACCGGUUGAUGAGACGCAGCGCAAUUAUAACACUCUGGAUACACUACUAACCCCGGGGGUUCCAAUGAUUUUCGUGCGAUUCUUUCAAGCUGUACACAUCCUGGAUAAGCUGAGAGGAAUAAUUAUUGACAAAGAAAAAAA